AUGGCGUCCCAACGUCUCUCCGCUGUCCUCUCCCACUUACCUCCUACCUCCAGCGCGGUAGACAACAUCGCACAGCAAACUCCCGACGAUGUAGUGAUCACUCUCGCGAUCAGGACGCCGAUGUGCAAGGCCAAGAGGGGUGGUUUCAAGGACACAACGCUCGAUGGCCUGGUCUUCAAAAUUCUAGAGCAGGUCCGACUAAGGAGCAAUGUCGACCCACGUCUCGUCGAUGAUGUCUGCCUUGGAAAUGUUCGCGACGGCAAAGCGGCGUAUUAUGUCCGUGCAGCUUCGCUUGCUGCAGGUUUUCCAAACACAUCUGCCGCCUCCAGUGUGGCGCGGUUUUGCUCCUCAGGGUUGACGGCGACGCAAUUUAUCGCGAAUGAGAUCAAGACCGGCACCAUUGAGAUCGGCGUCGCAGUGGGCGCCGAGACGCUGAGCGAAGGAAACGAACGCCUGAGUCGACCCUUCAUCAACGAGAUUCUAAACGGUAGCGAAGACGCAAAGGACUGCAUGCUACCGAUGGGUGCAACAUCUGAGAAUGUGGCCAGAGAAUUCAAUGUCAGUCGGCAACGGCAAGAUGAGUACGCCGUGGAGUCGUACCGGCGCGCUGAGCUCGCGCAGAAGAGCGGCUGGUUUGAUGAUGAGAUUGUCCCCAUUACAGUCAAGAAGGAUGGCAAAGACACAACUGUUACGCGAGAUGAAAUACGAUGGGGGACGACGUACGACGGAAUAAAGAACCUUCCCCCUGCCUUUCCGGAGUAUGGAGACACGACACAUGCCGGCAAUGCUAGUCAAGUUACGGACGGAGCUGGGGCUUUGCUUCUCAUGAAGCGCUCAAAGGCCUUGGAACUAAAUCAGCCCAUCCUUGCAAAGUAUGUUGGCACAGCGCUUGCCGGUCUCCCGCCGCGUAUCAUGGGCAUUGGCCCGGUCUUCGCCAUCCCCAAAUUACUUGCUAGGUAUAAUCUAUCCCUUGAAAGAGACGUCGACGUGGUAGAGAUCAACGAAGCAUUCGCUUCCAUGGCGGUCUACUGUCGCGAUUAUCUUAACCUCGACUGGACGAAGAUGAAUCCGAGAGGCGGUGCUAUUGCGUGA